UUUCCUUUUAUUUGUGACGUGUCAAUUAAAAUCUCAGCAUAGUAUUAUCGUGUAUUAGUACAAGAAUUGUAUUGAAAUAUGUACAGCACGGAAGUGGCAACGUCAUGAGCAGAUCGGCUAAUUUCCGAGCGCACUUGAAUGCACCAUUCCUGCGCACAACGGUUGGCACCAUCCGAACGAAUAAUGGUGGUAAUUUGACCUGCGGGUCACUUCGACAACAUGACGACCUUAAAACGCGAUAAGCUGCAAAGCUGAACAGUUUGUUAAAGUUUAGAGUCGCUGGUUCGAGUGAGAGGACCUUCCCUGAGCAGCGCGGUAUACCUGGGCGAGAAAACAUUCACCUUCUCCGCGUCUUGUCGGCAUUAUGUCAAAACUACCAGGCAACGCAGGUGUGUCGCUCCUCGGGGACAAGUCGCUGGACUUCUACCGGGACCCGGUGCUCUUCUGCAGGGAGAAGAUGGAGAAACACGGCAGCAGAGUGUUUCAAAGCCGCCUGCUGAACAGACCCACCACCUUCGUGUGCUCGGCGCAGGGCAUGAAGGAGCUGCUGUGCGAAAAGUCCAAUGUGUUUCUAAAAGAUCCGACUGACAUGAUGACAAAUAUGUAUGGUGACACCAUUGUUACCACUAACGGUGAGGAGGCUUGUCUUCUCCGUCUGUCUUUCACCAGCUUGUUUACAGGAAGUUGUUUAGAAUCAUCAAGUGGUUACAUCACCAGUGUAUGUGAACGCUGUCUCAAAGAUCUUGCCUGCAGUGGCGAGCCGCGGUGUGUGUACUCUGCAUUUAAGCAGCUGGGGACAGAGUUGGUUUUGGGUCUUUUUCUGAACGUACAUGCGGACGAGCAGCCGGAACUUUUCCAGAAAAUCACACAGCUCUGCACUCAACACUGGCACGGUCUCAUUUCUGCUCCGGUCAAUGUGAAGGUCCCUUUGUGGUCAUCUGGUUUUUCCGUGGCCUUGGAAGCCAGAGACCAGCUGCUGGAAAUCAUCAAAGACAAACUGGAGAAUGACGCAGACGGUUUCGUGGGCUCGCUGAGGUCACUGCCUCUACCCGGCGCCGAUUGUGCUUCCCGGCAUCUCCUGCUGUUCAUCUCAGCGCUCGUUCCCAAAGCUCUGGCGUCGCUACUCACUUCGUUCACUGUGGCUCUAAGUGGGAAUGAAAAGGAGGAAGCUCGCCGACGUGCGUUGAUUGAUGCUGAUUAUCUGCAAGGAGUCCUACUGGAAGUUCAGAGACUCUGGCCUCCUUUCAUUGGUGGACGUAGAAUAGCAGAAAGGGACACGACGCUGGCAGGUUUCCACGUCCCAAAGGGAUACGGCGCCGUUUAUGUCAGUCAUGCGGUCCACAGGGACCCGCAGGUGUUUGAGCAGCCUGACAGCUUCCUGCCAGAGAGAUGGAACGGAAGGAAUGCAGACCACAAGCACUUCCUUUGUUCCUUCGGCAGCGGCUCUCGGAACUGCCUCGGUAGUAAACUUACGGACGUCUUCCUUAAGGAGGCUUGCGUGUACCUCUUGAAGCACUACGACUGGUGCCUGGACCCGCCGUCACAAAACCUGGACUACAAAUGGCUGCCUGUGUCUCGGCCCGCCAGCCCCCCAACUCUUUCCUUCACUCGUACGGAGCCAGACGGAAUUGACAGCACGUAGAGACGUGCAGAGUUUUUAUCUGUAAGGGUGGGGGGGGGGACACAAAUUUGGGCAAUUAAAACCAAAAUGCAGAAAAUAGAACAUUUAAAAGUAGUUGCCUUAAAUAUCAUCUUGGGCUGAAAACACACACACAUUGAGGUAAGCCCUCAGAUUCCAUCAGUGACUGCAAAAGUGUUCCCCCCCCAUGUCUCCCCUCCUUUUCACCACCUAGCAACCAGCGCUGCUUAGCAACAGUCCGUCAUACCGACACUACUGACUCGCUUCAUUUUAGCAUCCUCGAGCACGUACGCGAACACACACACAAAGCUAGUUAUUUGCAAUAAUUUAUUAUUUGCCGCUCAUGAAUUGUCACCCAGCGAGGUCAGUUUUGAUGAGUUGGCUCAUACAUUUAGGAACUGAGAAUAGAGAAUUAAUGUCCAUGGGACAAUAUUUUUUGGUCAUGUCACGCCGUUCACCAUCUAACUCUGCUGCUGUCAAAUGUUUUUAUUUAAUUUAAUGAUGUAGAAAUGACGCUUUUUUUUUGUGUCUAUUGUUUUGUUAUUUAAAUAUUACUGAAUUUGUCAAGUUG